UGGGGCUUGAGCAUCAUUCUCUGGGUAAUGGGACCCACGAUCGGGAUUAACAGAAUUAGAAUGUCCCCAGAAGAGGCGGCUCUCGAAACAUUCAAGAUUCCGUUCUCAAUUGUACUCGGAAUGGUCAAAAUAUCAGUGCUCCUCUUCUACCAGCGCCUCUUCUCUGUCUCGAUUUUCCCUCGCGUGGUCUGGUUCAUGAUCGUCGUUAUUGCAAUGUGGACCAUUACAAUCCUGUUAGUUUCCAUCUUUAAGACGAACCCAAUUUCCGGAAUCUGGACCAACCCCGAAGAAACCUACGUAAUCGACGAUGCCGCCUAUUCUAUUGCCGUGGCCGCCAUGUCCCUCGGCUUUGACGUUAUCGUACUCCUGGUGCCGCUGCUUGUAAUCCGCACGCUGAAAAUGUCCUACCGGAACAAGAUCGCGGUCAUGAUGAGUUUCUGGCUAGACGGACUCUGUUGCGUGGCCGGUGCAGCCCGCCUCCAACUUUUAUACCAGGGUGUUCAUUCGGUCACUGAUAACCCGAACGCUUACGCUAACCUAACAAAAGCAUUCGUUUGGGCGGAAUUGGAGCCCAAUGCGUCUGUUAUGGCGGCGUCGCUGCCAAUGCUGAGGCCGCUAUUC